AUGGAAACCUUAGAAGAGCAGAGACGCCCAGAGAGGCAACCAAGGACUAUGCACAAAAGUGGUACACAUUCAGGAUCUCCUCAAAGACUGAGGUGUCAACGACGCAGUGGUUCCUGCACCACCAAGAGCAUCAUCUCCUCUACUUCAGAAAGACGCAAUGAGAGGGAGAGGAACAGGGUGAAGUUGGUCAAUCUUGGCUUUGCUAAACUCAAACAGCAUGUACCCCAAGCUCAGGGUCCAAAUAAGAAGAUGAGCAAAGUGGAGACCCUGCGGUCUGCUGUAGAGUAUAUAAGUGCUUUACAAAGCCUUCUUCUGGAUAGAAAAUCAGGGAUGGAGACACAAGGAGGACCAAGCUCUGAUGGACUAUCCCCAUGUGGAAGCACCUGCUCAGUGGACUCAGGGUCCAUGCCUCUGUCACCAGGGUCUUGUUCCCCAUAUACGUCAGAAGAGUGUUCCCAGGAAGACAGCAGUGUGUCAGAUGCAGACUUGUUCAUGACAUUGCAUGGCUGGUGA